AACUACGAAUACACGCUUGUGCAGCCAGACAACCAGAGAUCCAUCCCCUGGCGCCUCCCAGGUAUCGGUACAUGCCCCAAUGCUCGUCACCGCCCGAGGCUUCUCGAGUUAGGCCAUGAUGCAGCUCAGACAAAGACACUGCCUGUGGGAAUAUCCAGCACUGCGGGAAUAUGUAUGACAGCCACUCCACGCCCACGCUCAUGUCCGGCUCUGUGUCUCGUCUGUCGCUCUUGUACGCGUCUGGUAAGGCCUUGGCCUGCGAAGUCCUGCAUCUGGCGUGUUAGCGCCCUGCCACGUCCGUACCGCCCAUCUUUGAAUGCUGCAUCGCCUCUCAGCCUCGGCCGUUCGAACAAUCAAACCAUCCAAAGUCCGAGUACGAAAGGAUGGCAGAACAAAGCCUUCUUGUCUCUUGUCUCUUGUCUCAUCCAGCUGCUCCUCUCAUCCAACCAGCAUCUGCCGCCUGCUUCCUCCUUUUUCUCUCCGAAGCCAUUGCAUCACAUCACAUCUAAAUAAAACAGAAAAAGUUGUUGGGCUUCACUGCAGCUGCAUGCCGUGAUAUCACAAGCCAUGCUGCCUCAACUCAACUUGUAUCGGCCGUCCAGCUGAG